CUUUCCAGGCGGAAAAAAAGAGAAAAAAAUUAAAUUCCGCAAACGAAAAUUAAAAACGAAAAAUCCCAUCGGCGCGGAGAGAGAGAGACGACGAUCGAGCUCGGAGCACGAAGCGGCGUCGUUUUGCCGGAUCCUUCAAUUGUGGAAUUUUGGAUUGGGGGGUUUCAUUUUUGGCUGGAUCAGAUCCUCGCAGGCUAGGGCUUUUGGAUCUGGUGCGGCGGAUGAGAGAGGCGUAUGUUUCAGGGAUCCAAAGGCGGUGGGAGAACGAUGAAAUGGGGAACAUUGCUUAAGGACUUGAGAGAGAAGGUUGGGCUCACUAAUUCACCUCCCUCUGCUUCAGCUUCUUCUUCUUCUCCUUCUCCUUCUGCUGCUGCAGCUUCUUCGGAUGCUCUUUCUUCCUCCACCAAUGCUCUCUCAGCUCUUCACGGCUCGUAUUCUCCUUCAAGAGACAAACAUGAACUGGAAUUGGACUUCAAGAGAUUUUGGGAAGAGUUCCGGUCUUCCAGCUCUGAAAAGGAGAAAGAAGCGGCCUUAAAUUUGACUGUAGAUGUUUUCUGUAGAUUAGUGAAGCAGCAUGCAAACGUAGCUCAGUUAGUUACUCUGUUAGUUGAAACACAUAUAUUCUCGUUUGUGGUGGGAAGAGCAUUUGUAACAGAUAUUGAGAAGUUAAAAAUCAGCAGCAAAACAAGAUGUUUGGAUGUAGCAAAAGUAUUGAAGUUUUUUUCGGAAAUCACAAAGGAUGGCAUCAGUCCUGGUUCAAAUAUGUUGACAGCCAUAGAAGUCCUUGUUUCAGGGCCUAUUGAUAAGCAAUCUCUCCUUGAUUCGGGGAUAUUAUGCUGUCUCAUUCACAUUCUCAAUGCCCUUCUGGAUCCUGAUGAAGCCAUUCAACACCAAAAAGCUGCUGGUCAUGAAGAACCAUUUCUUUCUGAGAAAGAUUACAAUGGUGAAGCUGGUCAAGUCCGUCGGCUUGAGGUAGAGGGAAGUGUUGUGCAUGUUAUGAAAGCAUUGGCAAACCAUCCUCUGGCAGCACAGAGUUUGAUUGAGGAUGAUUCGCUUCAGUUGCUCUUUCAAAUGGUUGCACAUGGGUCGUUGACCGUCUUUUCUCGAUAUAAAGAGGGACUAGUUCUGCUACACAUCAUACAACUUCAUAGACAUGCUAUGCAGAUUCUUGGUCUUCUUUUGGUCAAUGACAAUGGGAGCACUGCACGAUAUAUUCGCAAACAUCAUCUGAUAAAAGUUCUUUUGAUGGCAGUUAAGGAUUUCAAUCCUGAUUGUGGUGAUUCUGCAUACACUAUGGGAAUUGUAGAUUUGUUGCUUGAAUGUGUAGAAUUGUCGUAUAGGCCUGAGGCUGGCAGUGUUAGGCUCAGGGAGGAUAUUCAUAAUGCCCAUGGGUAUCAGUUCCUCGUUCAGUUUGCAUUAGCAAUUUCAUCCAUGACAAAGAAUCAGGGGUUCCAUUCUGUUUAUCUUAGAUCUUCAGAUGGUCCGGAUGUAUCUAAUGUUGCAGACAUGCAGGAUCUCAUGGGAGAAAAGGAGUCUUUAACUCAACAACUUUCUCCUACAGUCUCUAGGUUGCUUGAUGUUCUUGUCAAUCUCGCUCAAACUGGCCCAACUGAGUCUGCUGGAACUUCUGGAGUCAAAGGUGCCAAAUCUUCUCAUAUGAGGUCCAGUGGUCAUAACAGGAGUCGCACAGCAUCUUCAGACCGCUUGGCUGAUGAAGUGUGGGAAAAGGACAAUAAUAAAGUUAAAGACCUCGAAGCAGUUCAGAUGUUGCAGGAUAUUUUUCUCAAAUCGGACAGUAGGGAGUUGCAAGCAGAAGUUCUUAAUCGGAUGUUUAAAAUAUUCUCAAGUCAUCUUGAAAACUACAAGUUGUGCCAACAGUUACGGACUGUUCCACUUUUAAUCCUAAAUAUGGCCGGUUUUCCUCCUUCCUUGCGUGAGAUAAUUCUAAAAAUUCUCGAGUAUGCUGUCACUGUUGUGAAUUGCAUUCCUGAACAAGAAUUACUUUCACUUUGCUGCUUGUUGCAGCAACCAAUAGCAUCAGAUUUGAAGCACACUAUACUUUCUUUCUUUGUUAAACUUCUAUCAUUUGACCAGCAGUACAAGAAAGUGCUUCGAGAAGUUGGUGUAUUGGAGGUUUUGUUGGAUGACCUCAAGCAGCACAAGUUCCUUUUGGGUGCAGACCAUAGUAAUACUAAUCUGCUGGAUAAAAAAUCAGGAUCAAGCAGCUUCAAAACACACUUGGACAAUAAGGAUGUUAUUAUUACAUCACCCAGGCUAAUGGAAUCUGGUUCAGGAAAGCUUCCUAUAUUCGAAAUUGAUGGUACAAUUUCUGUUGCAUGGGAUUGCAUGGUCUCUUUACUAAAGAAAACAGAAACAAAUCAGUCAUCUUUUCGUUUGGCUGAUGGUGUAACUGCUGUUCUCCCAUUUCUUGUGUCUGAUAUACAUCGUUCGGGGGUCCUAAGGGUCUUGUCAUGUUUGAUCAUUGAAGAUGGUAGCCAGGCACAUCCUGAAGAGUUAGGUGCAAUUGUUGAAAUCCUAAAAAGUGGAAUGGUUACGAGUGUUUCAGGAUCUCAAUACAGGCUUGAAAAUGAUGCAAAAUGUGACACUAUGGGAGCUUUGUGGCGCAUUUUGGGAGUUAAUAACUCUGCUCAGAGGGUUUUUGGUGAAGCUACUGGCUUUUCUCUUCUGCUUACCACACUGCAUAGUUUCCAAGGCGAUGGAGGGAAUGCGGAUCAAUCUUCUUUGGAAGUCUACAUUAAGGUGUUUACAUACCUGUUGCGUGUUGUGACUGCUGGAGUGUGUGAUAAUGCAGUUAACCGGAUAAAAUUGCACACAAUUAUAACAUCCCAGACUUUUUACGAGCUCCUAUCUGAGUCUGGCUUACUUUGUGUGGACUGUGAAAAACAAGUCAUACAGUUACUGUUCGAACUAGCUCUUGAAAUUGUGCUUCCACCGUUCUUGUCAUCGGAAAGUUUUGCAUCAUCUGAUAUGCCUGAUAGCGGGACUUCAAGUUUUUCACUAACGACCACAUCAGGUUCAUUUCAUCCCGAUAAGGAACGGGUGUACAAUGCAGGUGCUGUUAGAGUUCUUAUUCGUUCAUUACUGCUCUUUACCCCGAAGCUGCAGCUUGAAGUGCUGAAACUUAUUGAAAGUCUAGCUCGUGCUGGCCCCUUCAAUCAGGAAAACCUCACCUCUGUAGGUUGCGUAGAACUUCUGCUGGAAACCAUCCGCCCAUUCCUUUCGGGUUCGUCUCCAUUACUUAAAUAUGCUUUGGAGAUUGUAGAAGUUCUCGGGGCAUACAGGCUAUCUACAUUAGAACUCCGAAUGCUCAUUAGAUAUGUGUUGCAAAUGAGGCAAAAGAAAUCUGGUAGCAUACUUGUUGGAAUGAUGGAAAGGUUAAUACUUAUGGAGGAUAUGGCCUCAGACAGUGUUUCACUUACACCGUUUGUAGAAAUGGACAUGAGUAAAACUGGGCAUGCGUCUAUUCAAGUCUCCCUGGGAGAAAGAUCUUGGCCUCCAGCUGCUGGUUAUUCAUUUGUUUGUUGGUUUCAGUUUCAAAAUCUUUUCAAGUCACAAGUUAAGGAAACAGAGUCUUCCAAAGCUGGUACUUCGAAAAGGCGGCCUGGUGGGCAAAAUCACGAGCGGCAUAUUCUACGAAUGUUUUCUGUGGGUGCAGCGAAUAAUGAAACUACAUCCUAUGCAGAACUUUAUCUUCAGGAGGAUGGUGUUUUGACCCUUGCAACCAGCAACUCGAACUCCCUAUCAUUUUCAGGCUUGGAAUUUGAGGAGGGCAGGUGGCAUCACCUUGCAGUUGUACAUAACAAACCAAAUGCUCUUGCUGGACUAUUCCAAGCUAGUGUUGCUUAUGUGUAUCUUGAUGGAAAACUGAGACACACAGGGAAACUAGGAUAUUCUCCAUCACCGUUUGGAAUACCUUUGCAGGUAACAGUAGGGACCCCUGUUACCUGUGCAAAAGUUAGUGAGCUGACCUGGAAGGUCCGCUCGUGCUAUCUUUUUGAAGAGGUGCUCACCUCAGGUUGUAUUUGUUUCAUGUACAUUCUUGGUAGAGGAUAUAGGGGGAUCUUCCAAGACACAGAUCUCCUUCGUUUUGUCCCUAACCAGGCAUGUGGUGGUGGUAGCAUGGCUAUCUUAGAUUCACUAGAUGCUGACUCGACCAUGGUUUCUAAUUCACAGAAGCUUGAUACUGCAAACAAGAAAGGAGAUACAAAAGCAGAUGGUAGUGGAAUUGUUUGGGAUAUGGAGAGACUAGCGAAUCUCUCCUUACAGCUUGCUGGAAGGAAGCUUAUAUUUGCGUUUGAUGGCACCUGUACAGAAGCUAAUAGAGCAUCUGGGGCUUUACACAUGCUCAAUCUUGUUGAUCCAAUGUCUGCUGCAGCUUCUCCUAUUGGAGGUAUCCCACGUUUUGGACGGCUUCAUGGGAAUAUCUAUCUAUGUAGGCAAUGUGUAGUUGGCGAUACUAUCUGUCCAGUUGGUGGAAUUACUGUUGUCCUUUCCUUGGUUGAGGCUGCUGAGACUAGGGACAUGCUUCACAUGGCCCUCACUUUAUUGGCUUGUGCUCUUCAUCAGAAUCCUCAGAAUGUGAGAGACAUGCAGAAAUGCCGGGGAUAUCAUCUGCUCUCUCUCUUUUUGCGUCCACGAAUGUCACUAUUUGAUAUGCAAUCUCUUGAGAUAUUUUUCCAGAUUGCUGCCUGUGAAGCUUCAUUUUCUGAACCAAGGAAGUUGAAGUAUACUCGGACUAAUUUGUCACCAGCCUCAACUGUGCAGGAAACCAGUUUUGAGGAAAUUAAUCUGUCAAGGUUCCGUGAGGAGUUUUCAUCAGUUGGAUCUCAAGGAGACUUGGAUGACUUUUCGGCGCAGAAAGAUUCAUUUAGUCAUAUUUCAGAGCUAGAAAAUGUUGAUAUUCCAAAUGAGACCUCAAAUUGCAUUGUAUUGUCCAAUGCAGAUAUGGUGGAGCAUGUCCUGUUGGAUUGGACAUUGUGGGUAGUGGCUUCAGUUUCGAUUCAAAUUGCACUCCUUGGUUUUCUGGAACAUUUAGUGUCAAUGCACUGGUACAGGAACCAUAACCUCACUAUUUUGCGCCGUAUAGACCUUGUUCAACAUUUACUCGUUACUCUGCAACGUGGUGAUGUUGAAGUUCCUGUUUUGGAGAAAUUGGUUGUAUUGCUUGGGGUUAUUCUAGAAGAUGGUUUUCUGUCUUCUGAACUGGAACAUGUGGUUAGGUUUGUCAUCAUGACAUUUGAUCCACCUGAACUGACACCUCGAAAUCCAAUAAUGCGUGAGGCCAUGGGGAAGCAUGUAAUCGUUCGAAAUAUGCUGCUGGAGAUGCUCAUUGAUCUGCAAGUAACCAUUAAAUCAGAAGAAUUGCUUGAACAGUGGCACAAGAUUGUUUCGUCCAAAUUGAUAACAUAUUUUCUAGAUGAAGCUGUCCACCCUACAAGCAUGAGAUGGAUCAUGACUCUUCUUGGUGUUUGUCUUACUUCCUCUCCUACAUUUGCCCUAAAAUUUCGCUCUAGUGGAGGUUUUCAAGGCUUGUCCCGGGUGCUUCCUAGUUUCUAUGAUUCCCCAGACAUAUAUUAUAUCUUGUUUUGUCUGAUUUUUGGCAAGCCUGUCUAUCCUAGAUUGCCAGAAGUUCGGAUGCUAGAUUUUCACGCCCUUAUGCCGAAUGAUGGAAGUUCUGUGGAACUGAAACUUAUAGAGUUGUUGGAGUCUGUGAUUACUAUGGCAAAAUCUACUUUUGAUAGGUUGAGCCUUCAGUCAAUGCUGGCUCACCAAACUGGUAAUCUCUCCCUGGUUGCUGGCAUUGUGGCAGAACUUGUGAAUGGAAAUGCAGACAUGACUGGAGAGCUUCAAGGUGAAGCAUUGAUGCAUAAGACAUAUGCAGCACGAUUAAUGGGUGGAGAGGCAUCAGCACCAGCAGCUGCUACUUCAGUCUUGAGGUUUAUGGUUGAUUUGGCAAAAAUGUGCCCCCCUUUCGCUGCUAUUUGUAAACGAGCAGAGUUUCUUGAAAGCUGUGGUGACCUAUAUUUUUCUUGUGUCAGAGCAGCCCAUGCUGUGAAGAUGGCGAAGGAACUCUCUUCAAAGACAGAAGAGAAAAGCUCAAAUGAUUUUGAUGAUACAUGUAGUUCCCAGAACACAUUCUCUAGCUUACCUCACGAACAGGAUCAGUCAGCCAAAACGUCCAUUAGUGCUGGAAGCUUCCCUCCUGCUCAAGUAAGUACAAGUUCUGAAGAUACAGGUGUCCCCCCGAAUUCUGCGAUGGAGGAGAAAGCAGAUAUCAAAGUUUGUACAUCUCGGGAGGAGUUGAACAAAUCUGUGCAAGAGGAUGCACAAGCUCUGCAGAGCUUAGAUGGUGACAUUGCUGACCAGAUGUCUGCUACUUCCAGCAUGGAUGAAUCUAGCUUCCGUAAGAAGAAAGUUGUGCCGGAUCCCAUCAAACCACCAGAUUCGCAGAGUUCUGCUUCUUUUACCAUGCUUGAUUCUCCAAAUUUAUCUGAAAAGUCCAUCUCUAGAGUUCCAAUCAGUCCUUCACCAGUUCUUGCAUUGACAUCGUGGCUAGGAAGUACGGGCCAUAAUGAAUUAAGAUCUCCCUUGGCUGCCAGUCCUUCCGUGGAUCAUUCUGUAACUAGUAUUGAAUUUGAUCAAUCUUCAGAGGUGAAGAUGACUUCUCUGGGGACUUCUACUGCAAAUACCUUUUUUGCAGUAAGUCCAAAGCUGCUUCUUGAAAUGGAUGAUUGUGGUUAUGGAGGUGGUCCUUGUUCUGCUGGAGCAACUGCUGUUUUAGAUUUUAUUGCAGAAGUUCUUUCUGAGUUUGUGACUGAGCAAGUAAAAGCAUCACAGAUUAUAGAGGGGAUCUUGGAAAGUGUUCCCUUAUACGUUGAUGCAGAUUCCGUGUUGGUAUUCCAGGGUUUGUGCCUGAGCAGACUGAUGAACUUUCUGGAAAGACGUCUCUUGCGUGAUGACGAAGAAGAUGAGAAAAAGCUGGAUAAAGGUCGUUGGUCCUCAAAUUUGGAUUCAUUAUGCUGGAUGAUAGUGGACCGUGCAUAUAUGGGUGCUUUUCCUCAACCAGCUGCUGUACUGAGGACCCUCGAGUUCUUAUUGUCUAUGUUACAAUUGGCAAAUAAAGAUGGCCGAAUUGAAGAAGCUACUCCUAGUGGAAAGGGUCUCUUAUCUAUUGGAAGAGGGAGUAGGCAACUUGAUGCAUACAUAUAUUCAAUUCUUAAAAAUACAAAUCGUAUGAUAUUGUAUUGCUUUCUGCCAACAUUCUUGACUUCAAUAGGAGAAGACAAUCUGCUUUCAAGCUUAAGUUUGCUAGUUGAACACAAGAAGAGAGUAUCCUCAAACUCUUUGGAUGAUAAUUUAGGAAUUGAUAUAUGCACAGUCCUGCAGUUAAUAGUCGCUCACAGGCGAAUUUUGUUUUGUCCCAGCAAUAUGGAUACUGACAUAAAUUGUUGUCUCUGUGUAAAUUUGAUAUCUCUUCUUCAAGACCAGCGGCAGAGUGUACUGAACAUGGCAGUUGAUAUUGUCAAAUACCUCCUGGUGUAUCGUAGGUCAGCUCUAGAAGAUUUGCUCGUCUCCAAACCAAACCAAGGACAGCACCUUGAUGUACUACAUGGUGGGUUUGACAAGUUAUUGUCCGGAAGUUUGUCUGAUUUCUUUGAGUGGCUUCAAAACUCCGAACAGGUAGUGGAUAAAGUACUAGAGCAGUGUGCUGGCAUUAUGUGGGUACAGUAUAUUACUGGAUCUGCGAAAUUUCCUGGCGUGAGAAUUAAAGCUAUGGAAGGUCGUCGUAAGAGAGAAAUGGGGAGAAAAUUAAAGGAUACAUCAAAGUUAGAUUCAAAGCACUGGGAGCAGGUGAAUGAACGAAGAUAUGCUCUGGAAUUAGUACGGGAUGCAAUGUCUACUGAGCUGAGAGUUGUCCGUCAAGACAAGUAUGGAUGGGUUCUGCAUGCUGAGAGUGAGUGGCAAACCCAUCUUCAACAACUUGUUCAUGAGCGCGGAAUAUUCCCAAUGCGAAAAUCCUCUGUUCCAGAGGAUCCGGACUGGCAACUUUGUCCAAUUGAAGGUCCAUACAGGAUGCGGAAAAAGCUUGAUCGCUGCAAAUUGAAAAUUGACACCAUCCAAAACAUUCUUGAUGGACAAUUUGAAUUAGCGGAAGCAGAGCUUGUGAAAGCCAGAAAUGAGAACGAUCCAGGCUCUUCUGAUAAUGAUUCAGAACCAUCUUUUCCACUCUUUACUGAUAUUCCUGGUAGUGCCAAACAGAAUGGUCUUGAUGGAGAGCUGUAUGAAGAAUCAUUUUUCAAAGAACCAGGUAAUGUCAAAGAGGUUGCUUCUGUAAAGAAUGAGUGGAGUGAUGACAGAACUAGUAGUAUAAAUGAUGCAAGUCUACACUCCGCACUUGAGUUUGGUGGUAAGUCUAGUUCAGGCUCUCUUCCCAUAGAUGAGAGUAUACAAGGAAGAUCUGACCUAGGAUCUCCGUGGCAAUCUACUUCAGCAAAAAUCGGUGAUGUCAAAGUUACAGAUGAUAAACCAGAUAAGGAACUUCAUGACAACGGAGAAUACCUAAUCAGACCUUAUCUGGAACCUUUUGAAAGGAUACGAUUUCGAUAUAACUGUGAACGAGUUGUAGGCCUUGACAAACAUGAUGGCAUAUUUUUGAUUGGCGAGCUUUCUCUGUAUGUGAUUGAGAAUUUUUUCAUUGAUGAAUCCGGGUGCAUUUGUGAAAAGGAAUUCGAAGAUGACCUCUCUAUUAUUGAUCAGGCUCUGGGUGUAAAGAAGGAUGCUACUGGCAGUCUGGAUUUCCAGUCCAAGUCAACUUCAUCUUGGGGCACAACUGUUAAGUCCUGGGUUGGAGGAAGAGCAUGGGCCUAUAAUGGCGGUGCAUGGGGAAAGGAGAAAGUGUGUACUGGUGGCAACAUGCCUCACCCUUGGCACAUGUGGAAACUUGACAGUGUUCAUGAAAUGUUGAAGCGUGAUUACCAGCUGCGUCCUGUUGCUGUCGAGAUAUUUAGCAUGGAUGGAUGUAAUGAUCUCCUGGUGUUCCACAAAAAGGAGAGGGAAGAGGUUUUUAAAAAUUUAGUGGCCAUGAAUCUUCCCAGGAAUAGCAUGUUGGACACAACCAUUUCAGGAUCAUCAAAACAAGAAGGCAACGAGGGUAGCCGUCUAUUUAAGACGGUGGCUAAAUCCUUUUCAAAAAGGUGGCAAAAUGGAGAAAUAAGCAACUUUCAGUACCUCAUGCAUCUCAACACCUUGGCAGGACGUGGAUACAGUGAUCUUACCCAAUAUCCAGUGUUUCCAUGGGUUUUGUCAGAUUAUGAGAGUGAAAAUCUGGAUUUAUUGGAUCCAAAAACAUUUCGUAGACUUGAUAAACCGAUGGGUUGCCAGACACCAGAGGGUGAAGAAGAAUUUGUGAAAAGAUAUGAGAGCUGGGAUGAUCCAGAGGUACCGAAAUUUCAUUAUGGUUCACAUUACUCAAGUGCUGGGAUUGUCCUCUUCUAUCUUUUGCGCCUACCACCAUUCAGUGCAGAGAAUCAAAAGUUACAGGGAGGUCAAUUUGAUCAUGCUGAUCGUCUUUUCAAUAGUGUUAGAGAUACUUGGUUAAGUGCAGCUGGUAAGGGCAACACAUCAGAUGUGAAGGAGUUGAUUCCAGAAUUUUUCUACAUGCCAGAGUUCCUGGAAAAUCGUUUCAAUCUUGAUUUGGGAGAGAAACAGUCGGGAGAGAAGGUUGGUGAUGUUGGUUUACCUCAGUGGGCUAAAGGCAGUGUUAGGGAGUUCAUCAGAAAGCAUAGGGAGGCACUGGAAUCUGAUUAUGUUUCAGAAAAUUUGCAUCAUUGGAUAGAUCUCAUCUUUGGAUGCAAACAAAGAGGGAAGGCGGCUGAGGAAGCUGUGAAUGUCUUUUAUCACUACACAUAUGAGGGCAGUGUGGACAUAGACUCGGUUACAGAUCCUGCAAUGAAGGCCUCAAUUCUAGCACAAAUUAAUCAUUUUGGGCAGACACCCAAACAAUUAUUUCUCAAACCCCAUGUCAAAAGGCAGGUUGACCGAAGGCUUCCUCAUCCACUCAGGUACUCGAACCAUCUUGUUCCACAUGACGUGCGCAAGACUACCUCUUCCAUAACUCAGAUUGUUACUGUGAAUGAGAAAAUCCUAGUGGCAGGAACAAAUUGUUUGCUAAAACCAAGAACAUAUACCAAGUAUGUUGCGUGGGGUUUUCCUGAUCGUAGCUUAAGAAUUAUGAGUUAUGAUCAGGAUCGACUGGUCUCCACACAUGAGAAUCUUCAUGGAGGAAACCAGAUUCAAUGCACUGGUGUGAGCCAUGAUGGUCAGAUUCUGGUAACUGGGGCUGAUGAUGGCUUAGUUUCUGUUUGGAGAUUCAGCAAGUAUGGUCCCCGUAUCAUGAGACACUUACAGCUAGAGAAGGCACUUUGUGCCCACACAUCCAGAAUCACAUGCCUUCAUGUUAGCCAGCCUUACAUGCUAAUUGUGAGCGGAUCAGAUGACUGCACUGUUGUUAUAUGGGAUCUCAGCUCCUUGGUUUUCGUUAGGCAGCUCCCUGAGUUCCCAGCACCGAUAUCCGCAAUUUAUGUGAAUGAUUUGACUGGGGAUAUUGUUACGGCAGCUGGAAUCUUGCUUGCUGUAUGGAGCAUUAAUGGGGACUGCCUUGCAAUGGUUAACACAUCCCAACUGCCUUCUGAUUCAAUUCUUUCCGUGACAAGUAGUUCAUUUUCUGAUUGGCUGGAUACGAACUGGUUUGUAACGGGUCAUCAGAGUGGUGCUGUCAAGGUGUGGCAAAUGGUGCACCACUCCAACCAUGAGAGUCCCCAACAGAGGUCAACGAGCAGUGGAACGAGUGGUUUAAAUCUCAGUGAUAAGGCUCCAGAGUACAGGUUUGUGCUCCACAAGGUACUGAAGUAUCAUAAGCAUCCUGUUACUGCCCUGCACCUUACAGUUGACCUAAAGCAGUUACUAAGUGGUGAUUCUGGCGGGCAUUUGCUAUCAUGGACACUGCAAGAUGAGAGCGUGAAAACUAUUCAGGGGUGAUGAUCACAGGUUCUCAUUUUAGUGUCAUGACUUUACCACACGGGGCGCUAUCGAUUCUAAGUGAGACCAUAAGGGUUUUAUGAGUCAUCCUCAUGAAGGAAAAGAAUGGAAGCAACUUCAUAACGCAUGGAAAGAGGUAAAGUGCCACUGCAGGGCUGGCCUGGACAGAAGCAGGACCAAACUAUACAGGAUUGACAGUUAAAACACAAACUCUCAUAAGCUUACGUUGAAUGUUGAAACUCCCGCAAGAAUAUGACAGGAUGUUUGCCCCAAAAGGUUGAGCAUCUGAUCGAGAAGGCAGUAUGAUAUGCUGUGCUUUUGCAUGAAUGGGAGGAGGAUGUUCACCUGAUGAACAUUAAGUCUUUACAGGUCUUUUGUUUUGAUGUAUAUAGAUGGACUAGGACUAACAGUGUGUAAUGAAGUUGUAUAGCAGAAAAGCUUGUCAGGAAUGGGACCAUUGGUUGGUAAAUGGGAACGAUCGUCCCCCGUUUAAAUGUGGGACGAUUAAAUUGGUUGAACGUGUGCCUUUUGGCUAUAAUUCUUUUUGAAAUGUGCAAUUGGGCGGCACUUGAUGGCCCCGCUUUUUGUGAAUCGUACAAUCCUCUUUUUCAUACGAGGUUUAUAAGGAAGCUGGUUUUUUUGUUGGUUGAUUGGG